AUGAUUCCCUCACAGUAUGCAACAAUUUUGGUGGUACUUGUCAAUCUUCAAGAGCAGACAAUAUGCGCGGGAGGCAUCCAGAGAAUCCGCCGUCAAUUCGAUUUUUCUAAACUAGCGGGCGGCGGGUUCAAAAUGCCCGAUUUCGGAGGCGGGGCCAGCGGCGGAUUAGGUGGGUGGGGUGCAGGGCUAGGCGGAGGUGGGCUAGGCGGAGGUGGGCUAGGCGGAGGUGGGCUAGGCACGGCAGGCGGUGGCACCGGCGAUGCUUCAGACAGUGGAGCAGGAAGUAAUUUUGCAAGCUUGUUUAGCGGUGGUCCGGGCGGCGGCAUGGCCUUGACCAGCCUUUUUAGCGGCGGCUUGGGAGGCGGAGGCGGCGGAUUCGGCAGCGCGCCGGGCGGCGAUGGCGUAGAUACUUCGUCUUCAACCACAACGGCUUCGACUGAUGACUCUGUUAAGAGCAGCGCAGACGUGUCCCCCGCCGACAACAAGAAGAAGAAAAAGCCGGCCAGUAAGCCCAGUACUGCUGGACCUGCUCCACCCGGAUGUAAAGCUUAUCGCAUGAUUGGUGCUCGAGGUACUACGGAAGGCCCGAGCGGCUCUAUUGCGUACAGUGCGUUGGAGAAGAAGAUUUUGGGCGCCGUUCCUGGAGGGGCCAUAGACGAACUCCAAUAUGACACGUCUGCCGAUUAUAGUUACACCGUAACGCAAGGAGCGCAGACCGGCAUCAAAAUGAUAACGACCGAGCUAGCGAAGUGUCCCAAUACCCUUUAUGCUCUGUUUGGAUAUUCGAAAGGGUCCAUGGUUAUAUCACAAGUCCUGAGCAGCAAUAAGAUACCUUCAGCCAACAUCGCUGCGGUCGUCUUGUACGGAAAUCCUUAUUUCAAAGCUGGUGCCCGCCAAAACAAAUGCAGCGCGAAAACUGGCGCUGGGAUCGCAGGGAUGAUGAGCGUCAAGCUCCCAGAAGAUAUCGUCGACCGAGUGUUCGACUGCUGCAAUACGGGCGAUACGAUAUGCCAGACCGCAGGCACCAUCCUCGCCCACUUGUCCUACGGUGAUGGAGAACAUAUGGCUGGAGCAUUUGACUUCGUCGUGAAAAAUUUGCAGGCCCUUUUGGGCAAAAAUUGA